AUGUCGUCAACAGUUGCUGCGUCGCUCACCGCGACCACGGUGGCCACCGCCACUCAUUCCCACGCGACGGCCCUCACCGAGUCCCCCUAUGGGUACACGCCCGGGCUGGCAAACACCACUGCGUUCCUCGUGGUCUUCUCGGUUCUCACCCUCGUCCACUUCCUUCUCGCUAUCAAGUACAAAUACUACUCGGCCAUGUUCACUAUGGUCACUGGCGGCCUCUUGGAGAUUCUCGGCUGGGCUGGUCGUCUCUGGUCCGCCAAGAACGUCUUGGCCUGGAACGGCUUCCUCAUGCAGAUUUGCUGUCUCAUUAUCGGCCCCGUCUUCUUCUCGGCAUGGGACUACAUGCUUCUCGGCGAGUGCAUCAAGAGGCUGGGCCACCAGUAUUCAAUCCUCGGCCCCGCGUGGUACAUGAUCAUCUUUAUCACUGCCGACGUCGUCUCGCUUGUCCUCCAGGCAAUCGGCGGUGGCGGUGCCGCUGUGGCCGCUGAGAACUACGACGACACGACCAGCAGCACCCGCAUCAUGCUUGCCGGUAUUCUUUUCCAGCUCGCCACUAGUGUCAUCUUCGUCGCCCUCGCUGGCGACUUUAUGCUCCGCGUCAUGUGGGAGAAGCCCUACCCCAAGCACUGGACGUUUAUGCGCGGCCUCACCCUGCGCAAGCCCAAAAAUGCGGACGCCGAGAAGGACGCCACCACCGAGGUCUCCGUUGUCGACGUCGACGAGAACGCCGUCCCCAAGGACCUGACCCGCUCCAUCACCGGCGGCCGCGCCGACCCCUGGCUCCGCCGCAACCAGCUCCUGCUCAUCGGUGUCGCGUGUGCCACCCUCAUGAUCUUCAUUCGUGGUAUCUACCGUUCCAUCGAGCUCGCACAGGGCUGGGACGGUGUGAUCAUCACGACCGAAAAGUACUUUAUCUGGCUCGACGGUUUCCCCAUGGUUCUCUGCAUGGCCAUCUUGGCCGUCGCGCACCCGGGCUUCCUCCUUCCUCCCCGCCGCUGGCGCAACGCAAAGGCCUAA